AUGAUUUGGGAGCUGAGAGAAGUCCUAGAGGUCUGCAAUGCUGUGAGGACAUGUGGAAGGCGGGAAGCUAAAAUAUUGGAAAUUGAGCAGUGCUGGAUACAGCCUUCGCUAGAGUUUUGUGACAAAAAGUGCUCUAAAUACAAUUUCUGUGCAUAUUAUAACCACACAUGCUGCUGGACCUACUGUGGAAACAUCUGCUUGCACGAUGGGACCUCAGACUCUUCUGCUGGACCUUCUACAACCAACCAGCAAAUGGGGGAGGAAGAGGUAGUAUGGAGGUUUGUACAGAAGAUUUUGAAGGGCUAG